AUGUCGUUUAAAAUAGCGAUAAGAAGUUUUAAAACCCUCACUUAUGUUGAAGGGUAUAAGAAACUGAGAGAUCGACACAUAAAGAUGUACUGUGCAGCUGUGAUUGGUGUUGGCUACAUGGCUUACAAGCAACACAAAGCAAAUAAAGUAGAAAUGAAGGAAAUAUUACAGUUAAAGAAUUAUAUGGCAGACCCAAUAACUCCAAUCAGUCACUUGGAAAAAACACAAGAUGAUAUGAAAACACAAAUGGAAUUACUUAUUAUGAGAAUUCAAUCAGAGUUUUGUAGAGCAUUGGAAAAAGAAGAAGAUGAGGCGUGGUGUGAUGAAAAGAGAGAUGAAGACUUAGAUUAUGACAGUGACAUGUUUGUGCCAUACCCGGAAGCGAAGUUUCAAGUAGAUAGAUGGACUCGUAGAGAAGGUGGUGGGGGAAUCACAUGUGUACUACAGGAUGGAAGGGUGUUUGAAAAGGCUGGUGUAAAUAUAUCUGUGGUGUCUGGAAAACUGCCUCCAGCUGCAGUACAACAAAUGAGAACUAGGGGAAAAAGUUUUGAUGGACAAGAACUCCCAUUCUUUGCAGCUGGAGUGAGUGCUGUUAUUCAUCCUCGUAACCCAAUGGUCCCCACAAUACACUUCAACUACAGAUACUUUGAAGUACAAGACAAAAAUGGUGUACAGUGGUGGUUUGGUGGUGGUACGGAUUUGACACCUUAUUACCUGAAUGAAGAAGAUGCUGUCCACUUUCAUCUUACAUUAAAACAUGCUUGUGACGGACAUGAUAAGUCAUAUUAUGCAAGAUUUAAGAAGUGGUGUGAUGACUACUUCACAAUAACUCACCGAGGCGAGCGUCGAGGGGUGGGAGGUAUAUUCUUUGACGACGUGGACCAGCCCAACCAGCAAAGCGCUUUUGACUUUGUUACCUCUUGCGCUGAGGCUGUCAUUCCCAGUUACAUUCCAUUAGUACAAAAGCAUAAAGACGAUCCAUAUGGUUACUACGAGAGGCAAUGGCAGUUACUCCGUAGGGGACGAUACGUCGAAUUCAAUCUGAUUUAUGAUCGAGGAACGAAAUUUGGCCUUUUCACUCCUGAAGCGCGAUAUGAAUCCAUAUUGAUGUCAUUACCAUUGAAUGCGAAAUGGGAGUAUAUGCAUGAACCUAAACCAAAUACCCCAGAGCACAGUCUUAUGAAGGUAUUAAAGGAGCCACGAGACUGGCUUCAAAUAGAACAAGCCCGAGCUACUGCUUAG